CAUGCUUUUGAUUGGAACGUAAUAGACAAACAUUCGGAUAUUAUAUAAACACGUUCAUUGGGUGAUUAGACAGAUAUUUGUUAGCAGAUUGCAUAAAUCAAACAGAUUGUACCAUCUGGGAAUGAUGUUUUAUUCCAACGAAAGCCACAGCAACAUAUACCUUGAAGAACUGAACAAUGUUAUGGUUAAGUUAUUAAUACCAAAUACUGUAUUUUUAUUUGUGCUUUUACUAGCCAGUCUGGCUGGUAAUGGUUUAGUUGUGUACGUUUAUAUAUUCAAGAUGAAAUCAAAAACGGAUGACAGAUAUUUCAUUCCAUGCUUAGCUGUUGUUGAUAUGAUCGCAUGCGGCCUUGGAGUAUCAUUUGGGAUUUGUUUGAACUUUAAUCCGUUGAACUUUCGAAAGGGCGUAAUAUGUAAAUUGAUCUGGAGUGCAAAUCAAUUUACUGCAACGAGUUCGGGUCUGAUGCUAUUAGCAAUUGCUGUUCAACGGUAUAUUAAGGUCAGUCGACUAUCGAACUCUUCUAUGAGCCUACGAAGUAAACGAUUGACAAUUACAGCAAUCAUAAUUGUAUCAAUUGUUAUAUCACUACCGUGUUUUGUCUUGUAUGGCGAAACGGAGGUCCCAUUGAAAAGCAAAAACAGAACAAUUACGGGAUACAAUUGUGGCGCUUUGCCUUAUGUGAACCAAAAUUUUCAAUUUGGUUAUUCAGUUACGCUAUUACUAAUAUUUUUAGCUGGAAUAUUUGCGCUCAUCGCAUUAUAUUGCGUAUUACUUCGUAUCAUAUAUAAACAAGAAUCUUUCAGGAAGAGAAAUAGAUCAACGAUACGUUUUUUAGGCGUCAGUGUACAUCAUGGUUUCGAGAACAAAUUUAUAAAAGAAUCUGGUUCAACUAAUUUUGCAGAUGCGGAUUAUUCUGUUGACAAAUCUGAAUCCUACAACACGGACAUGGAAUCAAAGACGACAAGCAACCAAAAACAGGGCACGAAUGGAGGAUUCGGCAUGCCGGGUCAUAUAUCUACUGCUCCCUCUGCAAUCCAUACAAGACGAACAUCAAAAUUAAUUAGAAUAUUCAGUCGAAUCAAACGCAAACAUCGAUUCUCUAUAAUGUUUUUCCUUAUCACACUAUUAUUUUUUAUCACCUAUUUCCCUAGAAUUGCGCUGAUGAUUAUAGAAUCUGUGAUAACAAGUUUCUGGGAUACGUUAACAGACGCUGAAUACGUCGUAGUUUUAUGUUUUUACAGAGGAUAUCUAAUGAAUAAUGUUGUUAAUCCUGUAAUUUAUUUAGUAUUUGAUACAAUUUUUAGAACAUCUUGCAAACAACUGUGUUGUAGAAAUUGACGAGACUACAAUAAUUUAAAAAGGAUUAAUACAGCUAUAUUCUUCGAAAUGUAUUAUUUAUUCAUUCAUGGGAUUCAAUUUUAAGUAGCAUUACUUCGAUAUACAUUUCUACCCAUUGUUAUAUUACCUCUGCGCAAUUACACCCCAUUGACAUAUUGGACAUUCUGAAAAGAUGACACAUACGUCUAUGCAUACCUUUUCAGUGGAAGAGACCCCCGUGUAAAAAUGAACAAAAAUAAAAACCAUAUAGUAUUACAUACUAAUUUUAAACAAAUUCAUUGCUAUCUUUUCAAAUAUUAAGAUGAUUCUGUGUUCAGUGCAUUCCAUCUUCCUAGAAGACACUAACCAUGCAUACCAAUUGAAGCAUAAAUGUACAUUUAUAAAACAACGACUUUGGUCAUUGAAUUAUCAAAAUAAAGAUGACAAAUAACUAUACAUAAUUAUGAUCAUUAAGUUACCAGAACACUUAUGAAUGACAAGAACACUUAAUAGAUACAGGUACUUGACCCACUCACGUUCAUCACAUAUGAAUAAGAUGAUGUAGUAUGAGUGUUAUUGAGAAAACUCCCCCUUUGACUUUGACCUGUGAUUUUUUUUAAGGCAUAGUAUACAUAAAUGGGCAAUGCUCUUG